GACGAAGAGGACGAGCAAGCCAGGAGACAGAGGAUCACUGCAAAGCUUGCAGGGAUGGGCGGGAUGCGGUUUGGGAUGAUACCUGGCGCUUCUCCUGUGCCUAAUCAUCCAUCGCCUGCCCCCAAGCGUGAGGAGCCCACCCCGACUAUACCGUCUCGUGCUAUCCCUCCUGCUCAACUGCCACCUCCCCCUCCCUCUCGCUCAGCUAGGCCUCCUAUUCCAACCGGUAGACCGCCUGUCCCGCCGCCU